GGGCUUCAUUCGCACUUCCACAGCCGGUACACAACUUCGUGUUAGUAACCACUCUGUAAGAAACCACUAUGACUGACGCAGCACCAGCUCCCGCCAAGAAGGCAGCAAAGAAGGCUGCCCCUAAGAAGCCUUCUUCUCAUCCCAAAUACAGUGAGAUGAUCAGGGACGCAAUAAGCGGUCUUAAGGAAAGGGGUGGUUCCUCACGUCAGGCUUUGUUGAAAUAUAUCAUGAAGAACUUCAAAGUUGGUCCCGAUGAGAGGACUGUCAACAAUCACUUGAAACUGGCCCUCCGUGCCGGAGUCAAGAACGGCAGUCUGAAGCAGUCUAAGGGAACUGGAGCCUCUGGUUCUUUCAGGCUUGGUGAUAAAUCUGAGGCGAAGAAGCCCAAGGCAAAGAAAGCAACUAAGGCAGCUAAACCCAAGGCUGACAAGGCAAAGAAAACAGCAAAGAAGUCUACCCCCAAGAAGGCCAAGAAGCCCAAGCCAGCUAAGAAAUCUCCAGCAAAGAAGGCAGCCAAACCUAAAGCAGCUAAGAAAUCUCCAGCAAAGAAGGCUGCCAAACCCAAGGCAGCUAAGAAAUCCCCCAAGAAGAAGGCAGCGGCCAAGAAGUGAUCAACUGAUUCAUAUAACCAAUAUGUGACUUUCGCUGCCCUAUCAACGGAUUCAUGGCAGUCGCUUGGGCUGUUCCUGUCAUUCGUUGCAUCGACUGUUUUGUGUUGAACAUAAUCUCAGUCAUCGUCAUCAUCAUCAUCAUCAUGAUCCAUUCAUUCAUUCAUUGACUUUAGUGGAAUAUCAUAUUCCACCCGUGCUCAUUGACAUUGUCCAUUCAUCAUCACGCUGUUUGUCAAGUGAAAUAUUGACUUGAUCCUAUUACCUGCAAGUGUGUUCGAGGAGAAAUACAUUGCCUUUUUAUCGAUCAUUGUUGACUCGUCACAAUUUGUACCAACAUGUCAUGUUUGUUUUGACAUAGAAUGUCAUGAUAUAUAUUUCGUGAAUUUGGUAAUAAAAAUACUGAAUAAUGA